GAAAAAAAAUAUUUCUCUGUACCAAACAGAGGACAACUUGCGAAACAGAAAAAUACAACAAAGAUUCGAGAAAAGAAAGGAAGAAGAAAGAAAAAGCUUUCAUUUCAAAACCCUAGAGCUCAAUUUUAACCUGGUGAAGUUGAACAAUAGCUGCAUCUGAAAGUUAUAUAUAUAGAGAGAGAUUCGUUAGAGAUUUUAGAAUCAUGUAUAGAGAGAGAGGCACGGUUGGUUCGAGACCGGAGGUUGCAGAUCGCAAACGGAUCAACCAAGCUUUUGAACGGCCUUCUUCUACGUCUCAUCAAGUUAACGGAAAAGGAAAAGGAACCGUUACGGCGUCGUCGCACUCCUUGAAGCAACCGCAUGACCAUAGAGAUUCGCGUUCUGCUUCUCUCUCCAAGAAUAACGUUUCGGACGAUGAAUCUGACACAGACAGUGAAGAAGAGUCAGAUGUCAGUGGUUCAGACACCUCAUGGAUAUCUUGGUUCUGCAAUCUUAGGGGGAACGAGUUCUUCGGUGAGGUUGAUGAUGAUUACAUCCAAGAUGACUUCAACUUGUGUGGACUCAGCAGUGUAGUCCCGUACUACGAGUACGCUCUUGAUUUGAUUUUGGAUGUUGAAUCUUCUCAUGGAGAGAUGUUUACAGAGGAACAGAAUGAGUUGAUCGAGUCAGCUGCUGAGAUGCUUUAUGGACUUAUUCACGCUCGCUACAUUUUGACAACCAAAGGGUUGGCUGCAAUGUUAGAUAAAUACAAAAACUACGACUUUGGAAGGUGUCCUAGAGUUUAUUGCUGUGGACAACCUUGUCUUCCUGUUGGUCAAUCGGAUUUGCCUCGAUCAAGCACGGUGAAGAUAUAUUGCCCUAAAUGCCAAGACAUUUACUACCCCCGAUCAAAGUAUCAAGGCAACAUUGAUGGGGCUUACUUUGGGACAACGUUUCCACAUCUGUUCUUGAUGACUUAUGGGAAUCUCAAGCCACCAAAGGCAACACAGAACUAUGUUCCAAGAGUUUUUGGUUUCAAAUUACACAAGCCGUGAGGGGAAUUUCAAGACAAAACAGGCAGGGGAGGGGAAUGAAGAUCAUGGCUUUGGGACUGGAAAAGAGAAACAAGGAGCAUUUUGUAAUCACCAAAGGCGAAGCAGCAGCAAAGUUUCUGUUUUUUCAUCACAUUAGAAGCAAGCCAAAAAAAAAGAAAAAAUCCUUUUGAUGUUAAACUGGAACUUGUAUUUUUCUACGUUUUGUAAUUUGCUUAUUUUGUUUCGUUAUGUUUCUUCCCAUUCAAAUGAUAUCAGAGUUUAAUCAUA